UAGAUGCCUGUGCUUUUUAAUCUGUGUGAGAACUGGUCUAAAGGAUGGUGUAAAGCAUGUGGAAGUGACACUGCCCUCCUUACUUUUGUCUAUUAUUGUCCUAACCUUAGAAACGAGUUGGGGUAAGUACUGAGGAGCUUAACACAACUGUAAAGGGUGACACCAAAAGACCAAGGUACUUCGUUGGGUAUUCCCUUCAUUCCACAAGACCUCAUCAAUCACUCUCCUCUCUGGGUGAUCGAGAAGAAGGUCAGGAACAAGAGAGGUCCACUACAAGUCCUCUCCCUCCAUUUAUUGAUCGUUGGCUGGACACAUUCCUGUCGUGGUCUUCAGAGCAUAAGAAUAAGGCAUUAGAUGCUGUUAUAUCUGUGUGUGACUCUGUGCUACUGAAACAUAUGUUGGAACGAAUCAGACCACAGUUCCAGAGAGAUUUUAUAUGUUUACUGCCAAAAGAGCUUGCUCUUCAUGUGUUGUCAUUCCUCAACCCACGGGAUCUCUUGGUUGCUGCACAAAUAUGUAGAACAUGGCACACAUUAUGUGAUGACAAUCUGCUAUGGAGGGACAAGUGCAAACGAUACGAAAUUGAUGAGUCUAUUCUGAGGUCAUCAUGUCGGAGACCCUCAGGAGCUGUUAUUAGCAACCAAUGGAAACAGAUGUACUUGACGAAGCACAAGAUCGACUACAACUGGAGAUUUGCCGAGUUAGUUCAUCCAGACAGACUUAAAACUCUCAAAGGCCACGAUGACCAUGUGGUGACAUGCUUGCAAUUUACAAGAAAUAGAAUUGUUAGCGGGUCAGAUGACAAUACCCUGAGAGUAUGGAAUGCAACUACAGGAAAGCACCUGAGGACGUUGGUUGGACACACAGGAGGGGUCUGGUGUUCUGAGUUUGAUGGCAUUACUGUUGUCAGUGGCUCAACAGACAGAACUCUUAGGGUUUGGAAUGCAGACACAGGAUCCUGUAACUAUGUUCUACAAGGACAUACUUCAACAGUUAGGUGCAUGGCAAUGCACGGGAAUGUCGUAGUGAGUGGCUCUCGGGAUUCAACAUUGCGUGUAUGGAACAUUGAGACUGGGGAAUGUACCAAGACUCUUUCAGGCCAUGUUGCAGCCGUCAGAUGCGUUCAGUAUGAUGGUUGCAGAGUUGUCAGUGGUGCCUAUGACUACUUAGUAAGGGUAUGGGACCCUGUGGAAGGACAAUGUCUUCACAUUUUGCAGGGCCACACCAAUAGAGUCUACUCUUUACAGUUUGAUGGGGUGCACAUUGUCAGUGGUUCACUAGACACCUCAAUACGAGUGUGGAAUGCAGAUUCAGGAAGGUGUAUCCAUACUCUUACAGGACAUCAAUCACUGACAAGUGGGAUGCAGCUACGAAAGAACAUUCUUGUGUCCGGAAAUGCUGAUUCCAAUGUCAAGGUAUGGGAUAUUACUACUGGACACUGUCUGCACACUUUGAAAGGCUCCAAUAAGCACCAAAGUGCAGUUACCAGUUUGCAAUUUACAGACAACUUCGUUGUUACCAGCAGUGAUGAUGGCAGCGUUAAGCUCUGGGAUCUCAAGACAGGGGAGUUUGUGAGAAACCUUGUUAACCUGGACAGUGGAGGAAAUGGUGUACACUGGUUCAAAACAUGGAAGCACUAGAGUGGAAGACACAUCAAAGAUCAAGAUCGGGCAUCUCGUAGCUGUUUAUUGCGAUAACUAUACCGGCGAGCCUGGAGAUAUGUUAAUCAGAAGUGAAGGUGACUUGGAUGAAGAGCACGUACAGUUCUGCAUGGAAGAUGUGGAUGAUACGAGAUCCAUCCAAUCACAGAAAAAUGACAGUGAUGGAGUGAUUGGAUUGCACUCUCCUCUAUCUUACUCAUUGACUUUCAACUAACACCAUUUGGUCAUUUGCGAAAACAGACAAUUUCACACCUGAAAAAAGAGUAUGCAAGAUUUCAUUGAUAUGUCAGAUAUGUCAAAUUCACUUUUGCUCAAUAUUUUCACACUUAGCUAUAAUGGCAUUAGCUGAUUUUAGCGCAAAUAAUGAGCAGAAACUGCCUAAUUAUUAGGGGGAAAUGCUACAAAAACUGAAAAAGAGAAACGGAACUUUUACUUGAGACACUGUUAAGGUUAUGUAUAAUAAGGCCUAGAUAGAUACCUUUGUAUGCCACUUACUUGGGAGUGUGAGUGAGCAACUUGUACCACUGAGGAGAGGAUAGUGUAACAUACACCAGUACAACAGAGAAGCCA